CAAGCCACAUCUGUCAAACGUCACAUUGAGUAGCCAGCCGCACCGAAAAGCAUCAUAUUUGAUUUCGCGAAUAAAGAGUUUUGUUUUAAGAUUGAUUUUGGUAUCUUAUUAACGAGAAAAAGGAUGGCAAACGAUGAAAGUGUAAUCAAGCGCCGAUUGCUAAUCGAUGGUGAUGGAACUGGAGAUGAUCGUCGAUUGAAUGCGUUGCUGAAAAGUUUCAUUAAAUGGAGCAACACAAAAGACACACCCGAAAACACGCAAGCUGCAUAUGAUACGAUGUUGGGUCAGUUGGCUCAAUGUGAAUUCACCGUCCGUAAAUCGGCCUUCUCCCGAAAAAUGAUGCAAGACGAAAUGACAAACUACAAAGAUAUAUCAAAGUCAAUCGACGGUGGAAUCGAACAGGCGAAAAUUCAAAUUGCCCAAAGCAAAGAGAACUUGGUGAUAGCGAAAAAGAUACGUAAAAAUCGAAUGGAAUACGAUGUGCUCGCCAAAAUCAUUUCACAGCAACCAGACCGCAAAGAAACGAUGGCCAAACUGGAAUCACUCAAAAGGGAUUUGGAUCAUUUGAAAAAUGCACGAACGAAAUUGGACCAUAAAUUGGAGUACCGUCGAAAUGAUUUCGGUGUUCUGAUGCGUUCGAUCCAGGAACUUCAGAAGAAGCUUGACGGUGAAGAUGUCAGCGCAAUUGAGGAAGACCCCACCGACAAUGACAAAAACAACGAUGACGAUAUCGAAGUGAUGUCAGUUGAUGGUGAAAUUUUAGACGAUUCUAAAUAAGACCUUGUGUUGUUAGGAAUUCGUGUUGAGAAUUAAGGGACUGUACUAAAUGCCAAGAUAAAUAAAAGCCAAUCUUCUCAUAAUAAAAAGCCCAUCUCUUUUGAAGUUCUUCGAAUGAUGACCUAAUUGAACGUCAACGAAGUCGAAUAAAAUCGUUCCCACUGGAUCAAGAUUUAAACUGAUAUUUUAUUUGAAUAGAUUUGUUUUAAAACAUUUACAAUAUAAUAUGGAAUAAAUCCACUGAAAUAUUUUUUUCAGUGUUGGGUUAUAUUAACGUAAAUUACACUACAUAUUGCCUUCUUUAUUUAAAACACA